UUCAAUGUGUGCUCUGCGAAUUUCAUCAAAAGUUAAUUCUUUAACGCUCGAUUUCAUCGAUCGUCUCACCUUAUUUGACGCGUCGCAUUCAAUUGUUGCGAUUGACCAUGGAAACGCGUUAAAUCUAAAAGUUAUGUCAUUGUCAUUCGAAUUGAGAAUUUCCCUUUUAUUUCUUUCUUUCCACACUUUUUCCUAAAUUUUAGUGAAUAAUCAUGGCGAAUCCGGUUCUGUCUCUCAACGAGAACUUCAUGUACAACAGCAUGCUCGCAAGGGCCUUGCUCCAACUCGUCUCCGUCACAGAACGCGACAUUCUGCAGUUAUGGCUGGACAAACUGCACGAGAUGGACGAGAAUUCGGACGAGAUGAGCAUCCGCAACGAGUACAUGUGGUUCCUGCUUCUUCAGCUGCAGAACAAGAGGAUAAUUCAGCCGUUCAACAAGAGUCCGCCGAAUCUGAAGUUGAAGCCGCUCAAAAAUGUUUUGCCUCAGCACGUUUACGAAGAAGUCCUCACCUCCACCGAGCAGAACAUGUCGUGGUUGGGACAAGCGGGAGAGGAACCUUCUUCUAAAGAGACCGACGAUAACAUCGCAGAUCCACCUUCAUCUCUGCCCUGCAUGUUCCUGCAGAAUCAACCGACUCCACGAAACGGAAUCAUCUGUUACUUUGCGGCGUUCAGUGAUCAGGAUUAUUAAAAAAUUGUACUUUGAAACGCAAAUCUAAAAGUCAGUAAACAUUGAACUUUCUUUACUUUUGUUAAUCAUCGGAAGCGACAAUUAUUUAACAUUGAGUUUUCUCAAUGAACAUAAAAAUUUAUUUAUCUAUGGAAGCAAAUAGUGGAAAGCGUUCGAGAACGAUUACGUUCUGUAAAUAUUACCGGUUAAAAGUGGAA